AUGAUUCCAUUACCACCAGAGGUUUCAGUCGCCGCUUUGAAGAAUCUUGAUCCUGAUUCUACUACUAUCCUGAACCGGGUUUAUCGAGGGUCUGUACUGAUUCCUACAAUCCCUAAUGAGCCCUUGCUUAGGAAUUCUGAGAAUCCAGCCAUAUCAGGAUUUUCAAAUGCACGUGCUUUGGCACGUAUUGGAUCUAUGGUGUCACUGGGCGGUACCGUUGAUGGAACAGAGUUCUUGAGUCCUCAAACCCUUGCUCAAGUGACAAGAUAG